CUGCUUCAAAUUGUGACACUAUGCCUAUUCUUUUGAAUUGCCGAAUUUUAAUCGUUUCAAAUCUUAUUUUGAGAAACAUUGAGUUUUUGAAUUGAUAAAGUCGACCCGCCACCGCGUCCAAACUCACACGGGAAGUUCGGCUUCUUCUCUUCCAAGCAAACCAAACAGAACAGAGAAUGACUGCUGCUGCUAAGUCUCCAUUUCCAUCAGCUCUGGAAAGCACCGCCGCCUCCGCUCUUCUCCUCCUCUCCGCCACCGCCGUCGCCGAACUUGCUUCUCCGUCUCUUUCUCCUCUGACUUGCGCAAAGCCUGAUUUCGACGCCGCGUCGGUGAGCACAGGCCGGAAGCUCCAGUCCAAAAUCGCCGCUGAGAAGAGCUCGGUUUCCAGCGGUUCCCGAUCUUGCAUCUCGUCGUCGCCGGAGGAAGUGGCUCUUCCAGCUCACAAGCUCAGAAUCGUCGCCUUCCUUGCUCGCGGCCAUGACAUGAAGCUCAAGGUUGUGCAAAAGAAGCGGUCCAAAGUCUACUGGAGCUCAAUUGAGCACAAGGAACACAUCCUCAGCUUCCCAGCGGCUUCAAAAUCGGCUUCAACGCAGAAUUCGUGCCUCUCGACCACUUCCAGCGCCAAUUCAAGCUCCCGGAGCCGAUACAGCAGCAUCAGAACAGAGUCCAGCUGCGCAGAGAAGUGGAGGAAGAAGCAGUCCAGCUCCAUAUCUGGCUCGACUCACAUGAAGCAACAAGCCGAAUCAAUCCUGAAGCUGCUCUCUCACGGCCCUUUCUCAGAAGUCAGGAUACGUCAACUCCUUGGUGACAGUCCUGACACAAGCAAAGCCCUCAGAAUGCUGCUGAAGCGAGAGGAGGUUAAGAGAUCAGGAAGCGGAGGGCGUCAGGAUCCUUAUAUUUACAAGGUAGCUUGAGCUUGGCAAUGGCGUCCCACGAGGAAGGGCUUAUGAUCAAUCUCUAUAUAUACAGGUACAUGUAGAGUUAAAUUAGGAAAUUUGGCAAAGCCAUGGCCAUUAUUGUAGUGGUAUAUAUAUAUAUUGCCAAUUACCCAUACUAUAGGGUCCAAACUCUAAAGCACAUAUUUUGUGUAUUCUUUCACUGUUCUUCUCCACAGUUCAGUGAAACAUAA